AUGGGUCCUCAAGUCAAAUGGCCCCAUAAGAUGAAGGCCUCAGAGGCUAAUCGAAACACCAAGCGGUGGUGCGAGUUCCAUAGCGACCAUGGUCACACUACGGAAGAUUGCAUAGCCUUGAAGAUAGAAGUCGCCGAGCUUCUCAAGAAAGUACACCUAAGGGAGUUCCUCUCAGACAAGGCCAAGAACCUUCUGAAUAAAGAAGGUCCCGGUCUCCCUAUCGAAGCAGCUCCCGCAUUACCACCACAGCAAGACAGGGUGAUCCAUGUCAUCUCAGGCAGAUCGGAAGUAAGCGGAAUCAGUAGUGCCGCAGCCAAGAGAAGUACUCGCAACGCCAGGAAUGGCCAAGAGGCCGAGGGUCCUAAGCGCCUACUCCUCGGAGCGGACGAGAUCAGCUUCACUGCAAGGGAACAGGAGAGGGUCCUUGCUCCUCAUCACGACGCCCUUGUCAUUUCACUUACCAUAGCGAACUGCUUGGUUUCAGUGGAGAGGUAA